AUGGUUGAAAAGCAAAAGAGAAAGAGAACAGAGACAGACGAGGCCGGUGACAAUAAGAAGUCGCUACUCUCCAAGAGUGCCGAGAUCUCUUUUCCUAGAGGAGGAGGGUCGGUGUUGACCCCGCUCGAGAUUAAAGAGGUUGCAAAUGAGGCCGUUAGCGAUGCUCUAGCAGAAGCCAAAGAGUCAAAGAGCAGCAAGAAAUCCAAGAAACAAAAAGUUAUCGAAGCACCUACUGAGCAGAUAGGAGUUGAACAUGUGACCUUCAAGACGCUUCUUCCAGGAAGCAUGGUUCUCGGCCAGAUUAAACAGGUCAAUCGCAUGGAGAUCGUUCUUUCAUUGACUGACAACCUGAUGGGUUUCAUUCCAAUCACCAAUAUUAGUGAUCCAUUGACCAGUCAGCUUCAAGAAUUUGAUGAUGAGCAAGAAGAAUCUGACGAAGAACCAGCAUAUGGCGAUGAGGAAAACACUCUCACAAAUGGUAUAAUAUCUUCGAAAAAGAAGUCGUUCCCACAACUAGUCACCAGAUUUCAAGUCGGACAAUGGCUGAGAGCUAUUGUUAUGGAAAGCACUAAAAGUAAGAAAAAACGCAUUGAACUGAGCAUCGAGCCGUCCAAAGUGAACGAACCAAUGGAAACCGAGGAUUUGGUCACCAACGCUAUUGUUCAAGCUUCCGUCAAGUCUGUUGAAGACCACGGAUUAGUUUUAGACGUGGGAAAAGAAAAAUUAGGUGGUUUCAUUGCAAAAAAAGAUGUCCAAUCCCUGGUGGACAUUGGCUCUGUCCUGCUGGUGAACAUCGCCAAGAAAGAUGGCAGAACACUUAUUUGCUCUCCUAUUAAUAAGCUCAGUGCUGUCCAAACCAUUUCCUCGAUCGAUGCAAUUCUCCCAGGUAUGGGUGUCGAAGCCUUGGUGACGGAAGUGACUAAAGAAGGUGUCAUUUGCAAGUUGUUCGGCGUCGGCAAUGCUAGCAUUCCGCUUUCUCACCUUGGGGUUUACGAAUACUCAGAGCUGAAACACAAUUUUGCUGUUGGUAGCAAACUCAAGUCCAGAGUGAUGGUUUCUCAUGUCAGAGCUGGCGACAAGAGGUUCCUUCUAUCUGUUCUUCCGCAUAUCAAAUCCUUGAACGCCAACGUUUUUGGAGAAACUUCUGCCUUGGAAGCCUUCCCAAUCGGCCACAUUUUCGACUCUGUCACUAUCAAAGGAAAAGACUCAAGCUAUAUAUACGUGGAUGUGGGGAGCGAUUUUGCAAUUGGACAGGCGCAUAUUACCAGAGUCAGCAGCACCAAAGACUUGGACAUGGACUUCAAAAUCGGCUCCACUCACCGCGCGAGAGUUCUGGGAUACUCUGCCACCGACAACUUGUAUAUUCUCACACUCGACAAGCAGCAAAUAGAGCGCAAAUUCUUGCGAGUCGAGGACAUCCCCGCUGGUGAGCUCAUCAAUUGCGAGGUCCGCUCUGUGGAUGCCGAAAAGGGGAUUGUCGUCAAGUUCGAAGAAGACUUUGAAGGAAUUGUUCCUCCUGCAUAUAUGAGCGAUGUGAAAUUGAUUUAUCCAGAGCGAAAAUUCAAAAUCGGGUCCAAGAUCAAGGGACGUGUUUUGCGCGUUGUCAAUCAGAGCGGCAAGUCCAGGAUCUAUGUGACUCUGAAGAAGUCGCUCGUCAACAUAGAAAACGAAGAUGUCGUUUCCAGCAUUGAGGACGUUGAGGCAGGCAAGAAGACUUUUGCAACCAUCGACAAAAUGCUUCCAACCGGAUGUGUUGUGAGGUUUUUUGGUUUCGUCAAGGCCUUCCUACCGAACUCGGAAAUCAGUGAGACGUUUGUGAAACGUCCAGAAGACCACGUCAAACUUGGACAAACGGUGAAAGUCCGCGUCGUUUCUGUGGACAAGGAAAAUAACCGAAUCAAGGUUAGCUGCAGAGUGUCGGAGGUAUUGUCAGAUAUGCAAAAAAAGACGCUGUCUUCCAUUGUUCCAGGUAGAUCCAUCGUCGACGUCCAGGUUGUUGAGAAGGAAAAGGACUCUGCCAUCGUGGAGCUCACCGAAUCUGGUUUGCGUGGAAUCAUCUAUGCUGGCCACCUUGGUGAAGGAAACUACGAACAAUCUCGUGCCCAACUGAAAAAGCUGCAAAUCGGUGCCGAGCUCAAGACUUUGGUGCUGGAGAAAGACGUGCGCUCGCGUGUGGUGAAGUUGAGUGCUAAACAAUCACUUAUCAAAGAUGCACAGCAAGGAAAGCUACCACUACAAUAUAGAGACAUAGAAGUGAGCGAUGAGCUGCUGCACGGCUUCGUGAAGUCUGUGACGCCGAACGGAGUCUUUGUCAGCUUUGGAAACGGCCUGACAGGUCUUGCGCUGCCUCGUCACGCGGUGGAAAAACCUGUCGACGACUUGCAAAAGGCUUUCUUCACCAACCAGUCUGUGACGUGUCACGUGAUCAGGGUGGACGAUGCGAACAAGCGGUUCCUUGUUUCCAUGAAAAAGGAGAGUAGCACGACAUCUGAGCCGGCUGAAAACCCUGUUGACAGCAAAAUGAAAACUCUGGACGACUUCACCGUUGGUAAGAACACCAAGGCUAAGGUCAAAUCCAUCAAACAGACACAGCUGAAUGUUCAACUUGCGGAUAAUUUGCAAGGAAGAAUUGACGUGAGUGAGCUCUUUGACGACGUUUCAGAGAUUAAGGACGUCAAGAGGCCUCUUUCCCAGUUCCAAGCAGGUGAGGUGCUUGAUGUGAAGAUCAUUGGUUUCCACGACUCGAGAAACCACCGCUUCCUGCCUAUCAGCCACAAAAGAACUAACCAGACCGUUUUAGAGUUGAGCGCAAAGAAAAGCAGCAUUUUGAGCCACAAGCCAGUGGUCCCUGCUUCUAUUGGAGACUUCCACCUCGGCGACGAGUGUACAGGAUAUAUCAACAACUUUGCCAGAGGAUUUUUGUGGGUGACGAUCUCUCCAAACCUUAGAGCUCGCAUUUCUUUGAUGGACCUGUCUGACGACGCCUCGAAGUUCGAAAAUUUGGAAAAAGAAUAUCCGGUUGGUUCCGUGGUGCGUGCUAAGGUGACUGAUCUUGACACGGAACACAAUAUUCUGAGUCUGAGUGCUAGAAGCAAAGCUAUUACUUCAUUGGAGGACCUGGAAGUGGGCUCUGUGAUUCCUGCUAGAGUUCUGAAGACCAGAGAGAGCUAUGUGGUUGUUGAGUUGGGCAAACAGGUUUCUGGUAUCUCUUUCAUCACGGACGCUUUGAACGAUUACACUGAUAAGCUUGACGACAUUUUCUCCACCAACGACAUUUGUGCUGCCACGGUGCUGGAGGUGGACCAUUCCAAUAAAAAAGUCUACGUUUCGCUGCGCACCAAGGACGUGAAAGACAAGAGGAUCGCAUCGUAUGAAGAUUUGUCUCCAGGCACCGUUGUGCGUGGAUUUGUCAAGAAUGUCGCCAACAACGGUGUCUAUGUUGCAUUGGGAAGAACUGUCCAUGCACUUGUUCGUGUGAGCGAUCUGUCGGACUCGUAUCUGAAGGACUGGAAGCAGUAUUUCAAGGUGCACCAGCCUGUUUUAGGUAAGAUCACCAAAAGUGAGGGUGAAAACCAAAUUCUCAUGACUUUAAAGCAAAGCGAGAUUGACAGUGAUUCCAGUCUUCUGAAACGGUUUGAUCAAAUUCAAAAGGACGAGAUCUAUGAAGGAAGUGUCAGAAGAGUCACCAACUUCGGUGUUUUCGUGAACCUUGACGGAACAUUAAACGUCAGUGGAUUGUGUCAUCACUCUCAGAUCGCAGACAAUCAGGUUACAAAUAUCGAGUCUUUGUUCAGCGAAGGUGACCGUGUGAAGGUAAAGAUCCUUGACGUUGACCAUGAGAAGAAACAGCUUUCUCUUGGUAUGAAAGCUUCGUAUUUCACUGGCGAGACAGAAGAGCCGGCCGUUGAGGAGGAAGAAGAUGAAGUCAUGUCUGAUGAUAGUAUUAUUGACACCGCUUUCGGAAAUGAGUCCGAAAAGGACGCUGAGUCGGAUUAUUCUGACGACUCCGAUGCUCCUGCUACUGGUGGUCUAUCCGCUGGCUUUGACUGGACUGCUUCGAUUCUAGACCAGGCCAAGGAAGACGUUUCUGAGGAUGACGAGAUGGACAAACCAAAGAGAAAGAAGCGGAAGGUGGUUGCCGAGGAUCAAACUGCCGACCUGAACUCCCGUGUACCACAGUCUGUGUCUGACUUCGAGAGACUUAUUGUUGGAAACCCAGACUCAUCGAUCUUGUGGAUGAACUAUAUGUCUUUCCAGAUUCAAUUGAGCGAAAUCGACAAAGCCCGUGAAAUUGGCGAGCGAGCCCUUAAAACCAUCAAUUACAGAGAGGAGCAGGAAAAACUCAAUAUUUGGAUUGCUCUGUUGAACUUGGAGAACAUGUUUGGCACCGAAGAGUCACUGGAAGCAACUUUCAAGCGCUCGUGCCAGUACAUGGAUCCGUAUGUCAUGUACCAAAAAUUGGCUGCCAUUUAUAUCGCCUCUGAGAAGGUGGACAAGGUGGACCAGUUGUACACGGCAAUGUGCAAGAAAUUCGGCUCACAGCAUACCUCUGUGUGGGUGGCCUAUGGAUCGUUCCUUCUUCAGCAGCAGGAUGGAGAAAGGGCCCGUGAAGUGCUGGCCAAAGCCUUGCAAGUUCUGUCCAAACGCGACCAUGUCGAAGUGGUCAAAAAGUUUGCUCAGCUCGAGUUCAGCAAGGGAGACCCAGAGCACGGACGUUCAUUGUUCGAAGGGUUAUUGUCGGACGUUCCCAAGAGAAUUGAUCUGUGGAACGUCUAUAUUGAUCAAGAAAUCAAGUUUGGUGACAAGAAGAAGGUGGAAGCUAUUUUUGAACGAGUGGUCACGCGCAAGCUGACUCGCAAACAGGCCAAGUUCUUCUUUGGAAAAUGGUUGGAGUUUGAAGAGAAGCACGAGGACCAGAAGGCUUGCGAUUACGUGAAAGCUAAAGCUGUAGAAUAUGCACAAGGCCUCGGAAAAGAGUAA